AACAAAAAUAUUCUCCUUUUUCUCCCCCAAGAAGAAUCUCACCGACGCAUAAUACCUCUCUCCCUCCAUAACUUCCCCUCUCUUUUAUACCCUCCAAACAACCCAUAAGCCACAAGCUCCCUAUAACAAGAACAAGAAGAAGAAGAAGAAGAAGAAGAAGAAGAAAGUUGGAUCAGAAAAAGCAAAUUUCAAUAAAUGGGAAAUUGCUUGUUUGGGGGUGUGGGGGAGGCAGAAGGGUUGGUCCAAGUGACAACUUCCAAUGGUGGCAUAAUGGAAUUCUAUGCGCCAAUCACAGUAGGCUCAAUCACCAAAGAAUUUCCAAACCAUGGAAUUUUCAGAAGCCAUGACCUCUUCUGGAAGCCACUCUCUCCCCAUGAAGAUCUUCUGGCAAGACAAAACUACUAUCUCCUCCCACUCACCAGCCAAAGUGGUCACUUGGGCAGUGCUCAAAUUGUGAGGGAAGGCCAUGUGAGAUCAAACAGCAUACCUACUUGCUCCCUUUCUGCACCAUACAGAAUGUCGCUUGAUUAUCAAGGCAUGAUGAAGAGGUCUUACACAGAAGCUUUUUCAAGGUACAACAAUGUCAGCUUUUGGAAGGUGAAGCUUGUGAUCAGCCCAGAGCAGCUGCUGGAGAUUUUGGCUCAGGAGGGAAGAACCCAGGAGUUGAUUGAGAGCGUGAGGACUGUGGCUAAGUGUGGGAAUGGUGGCUCUGCCUCUGGUUUGGGAUUUUCUGACCAGUGGAGUCUCUCAAGUAGUAGUAGAAAUGCUUCGUGUAAGAAAGAUGGAAUAUUGCUAGACAUUUAGAGGGAAAUAUAUGGAAUUACAGGGUUCAAUUUU